UAGUUUUAAAAAUACACCUUUAGUUUGCUGUGUUUUACCCGUACCCCAGCCUGCUGGAGGUUAAGGCACAGUUUGUGUGCAGACAAAUCCCAAACGGGACCGUGCUUCCCUAGCGAGGGUGGGAGUGGGCAAAUCCUCCGCAGGCAGCUGCGGCUGCGGGGGAGUGCUGGGGCUGCACCACGCUGGUACCAGAGCAGCCUUUGGGAUGAGUUCCAGGCACUCCCUGCUCAGUCACAGCAGCCUGCCGAAGCCGUGGGAUGGCACUUGACUCGUUGCAAGAAUUUCAGACCUGAGGUAAUUAAAAUCAGCGGUGAAAUGCUUCCAGCAGCCCGACAGCCGGCCCGGGCAGCGGCUCCGGUCACCGGAGCUCAGCCCUGCAAGGCGGGGUCACAGAAUCACGGGACGGUUUGGGUUGGAAGGGACCUGGAAGAACAUCUUGUUCCACCCCCUGCAAUGGGCAGGGACACUUUGCAUUGUGCCAGGGUGCUACAAGCCCCGUCGAGCCUGGCCUUGACCGCUUCCAGGGCCGGGACACAUUCCAGGGAUGGGGCAACCACAGCUUCUCAGGGCAACCAGGGGCGCACCAUGCUCACAACCGAACACUCCCAAUUCGGGGUUCAGGGCCGCGAGAAAACUCGGUUAAACCCACCCGCUUUGUGCCUAACACGAGCAGGGCUCAGCCCCCUCCGCCGUCCCGCCGCCACCCUCACGGCCAGAGGGCUCUUCCCACGGAACUACGAAGGCGGCGGAACGGGAAGUGUGCCGGGGAUCCGGCGGAAGCGCUCGUUGUCCGGGGAGACGCGGCGGCGGCCGCCGGGGCCGGGCUUGAGGCUGAGGAUGUGGCGGCUGCUGCUGGCGCUGGCCUGGCUCGCUGCGAGCCUUCCCGCAGGAGCGGCGGAGCGCGGCGGCCCCGAGCCGGUGCGGUACCGCACGGCCGAGAUGGCGGACGCGAUGCUGGGCAGCGGGGCCCUGGCCGAGCAGCCCGUGCUGCUGUCGGCGGUGCCGGCCGAGGCGAGCGGCGGCCCGGCCGGGGCUUGCGAUGGGGCGGCCGCGGGCGAUGCGUGCGGGCCGGCCCGGGAGCAGCCCGUGCUGGAGCCCGUGCCGCCCGCGCCCGCCGAGGAGCAGAACGGCACCGACAGCGCCAAGGCUCCCAAGGUGAACUGCGAGGAGAGGAACACGACGGGCAUCGAGCGCUUCACGCUGCAGAUCCUGAACGUGUCCCAGGACCUGAUGGAGUUCCUGAACCCAAACAGCAGUGACUGUACAUUGGUCCUGUUCUACACACCGUGGUGCCGCUUUUCUGCCAGCCUGGCACCUCAUUUUAACUCUUUGCCCCGAGCAUUUCCAACUCUUCGCUUCCUGGCACUGGAUGCAUCCCAGCACAGCAGUUUAUCAACUAGAUUUGGAACUGUGGCUGUACCAAAUAUCCUCCUUUUCCAAGGUGCUAAACCUAUGGCUAGAUUUAAUCAUACAGACAGAACGCUGGAAACCCUGAAAGACUUCAUCUUUAACCAGACAGGGAUAGAAGCUAGAAGCGAUGUGGCUGUGACAGAGGAGGACUGGGAAGGGCCCCUGCCAAGUGUCCUGACGAAGGGCAUAGACUGGCUGCUGCUGUUCUCUGUGCUCUUCCUGGCUGGCUUUGUCAUGUACGCCACCGUUCGCACCGACAGCAUCCGGUGGCUCAUCCCGGGACAAGAGCACGAACACCAGGAAUAACCUCAGAUGUUCAAACAGGGACAAAAUUUUGCACUUACUGGUAAAGUGGGAAUUUUUAUGGACUAGAAGUACCUAAGAAUGAACUGUUGAAUUUGUUGGUUGUAAUUUAUAAUAAUGACUAAAAAUUGGCUUUAUUUAUGAACUGCUGAAUCCGUGACAAGCACAUUUGUGGCGGUUCCAGUGGUAAGUGAACAAGUGUGAAAAAACAUGAACUAAAGUAUUAAGCUGCUCUGAUUGACUUCUUUUUAAUGGAAUUUGAUGUAAUUAGUGUUACAGUUCUAAUUUGUAGACCAGGGAAGAUUUUUACAGCACAUUGGUCUGUGCGUGGCACUGUGAGGCAAAUACUGGUGAAGGGAGCUGUUGGUACAUUAGUUUGACUGUCCAUAAAAUGAACUAUGAAGAUGUUUUAAAUGAUUUUUCACUCCCAUGGAGGUGACUGUUCCCACCUCUGGCACUGGGGUUCAGUGCUGGUUUUCUCAUUCGCUUCACUCUGAGUUUUGACUUAGUAACUGUUCUUUAUGAGAUUUAGAGUCACUUCCCAAGCUCACCUCACUAUUUCUGUGUGUGUAUACAACUUAUUUACCACCUUCCUGUUGGAUGAAAUUGUAUUAAUUGUCCUUAAAAAAAAAUAAAUCAGGUUUUUAGUGUAACCUUUUAAGUUCCUUUCUUUCAGAAGUAAAAACAUGCAAUUUCUGAACUACAGCUCAUGUGCCUAAAUUACCAAGACCAGUCUUGAUGCUUAUUUAAAUUUCUAGUACCAUGUUUGCUAGUUCCACACUGUCCACUUGAGGCUACAUAAUGAAUUUAUGGGUUUUUUUAGUUAUGAUUAGUAUGGAAGGCUUUGGAUAAGGUAUGGACUACUAUGUUGUGUGGGGAUGGAUUAUGUGAUUGCAUAAAAUUUAUCAUGGUGGAGGCUUGCCAGAGUAUCCUAAUAGGGUGGUUUAGAGAGCAAAUUAAACUAACAUUAAACAAAAAAGCCUUGAGACUCAUUGUAUGACAGAUACCUCAGAUCCCUGCAAUGUAAUUCUUCAUGAAUUUCUCUGCCGGCUCUAUCUUUUCCUCUGAAAACCAGAGGUCAUGUAUGUCUGUGUCCAAAAAGGAAACUGCACUGGUAAAACUUCGGUGUUACUGAAGAUGAAGGUGGGAUGGAUGUUAUUAAUAAAGACUGUGAACGAUAAAUUGGA